AUGGAAUUUGGUCAAUCUAGUCCGACGGCGAUUUCGUCGACUGCGGUGGCCUGCCUGAACUGUCGCGAGAAACACCUCAAAUGUGACGGCAACGUGUCCGGCUGUGGUCGAUGCAGAACGCUGAAUCUCUCCUGCUAUUUUGUGCCUUCUCGCCGCGGACGCAAAUGCCGACCGGGUCCGAUCCCCAGCGACUCGUCGCUGCCUGUCGAGCCACUCGGUGCUGUUGAGACUGAUCUUGGAGUGGACAGCAAGCAUCUCGUCGGCGUUUACUACCUACAUUUCCAUCAAGCACAUCCAUUUCUGCCGCCUCAUGAUGUGUUCAUCCAGUCUGCCCCGCCGGCAUACCUCGUCAACCUGGUCGAAUACAUCGGUCUGCACUAUCUGGUCAAUCUGGUACCAGAUCGAACGGCCUCUCUACGAGCAAACGUCGAGGAGGCGGAUCUCGACAUGGUCAAGGUCCAAGCCCUGCUCCUUCUUUCCAUCAUUCUACACGCGCGCCUACACCCUAUCGAAGCCAAAAUUUGCAUGGCUCAGGCCAUCCAAUGCAGCCUCGAACUCGGUCUCCAUUGUCGCGGGUUCUCGGAUUCCCUGGAGACGCAUGAUCCCGUGCACGCAGAGAGCGCGCGACGCACGUGGUGGGAAAUAUUUAUCCUCGAUACCCUCAUGGCCGCUGUGCAAGUUGAAGGCUCGCUGCAAUUUACUCUCGAGAUUCCCGACGUGCCGCUGCCUUGCGAGCCGGAGAACUACACGGGGUCUUUCUCGGGCGGUGGGCUGACCACGAUCAGCGACUUGGACCGUCAAGCCUUACUUCACAACGACGCGGACUUGUCCUCCUCGGCGUACCGCGUCGAAGCAGCUGUCAUCCUGCACAAAUGCCUUCUCGUCGGCACCACUCACGCCCCGCAAGAGUCGACGGACGUCCUCGACGCGACAAUCACCUCGUGGCUCCACCGCGUGCAGUCACGGUGCUACCAUCGUCCACUCCUGCGACACACUGGCGAAUUGGACCAAAUGACUUUCCAAGCCAUGAUGAUCAUGCAUUGCGCUGCUGUCUAUCUGCAUUUCCCUAGAUCCUCGCUCCUGGCGUUUUUACCCAUUACAGGCCGAAUCUUCUGUGCGAGUCCGCCGAGUUUCUCAUCACUUGCCCUUAACCCGCAGGUCCACACGGCCAAGGUUGUCGCUGCGGCGACCGGCCUGUCGAAGCUGGCUUCGCUGUCCCCCUCGGUUGUUGGACAUACCCCGUUCUUCGUGUGCACGCUGGUUCUCAGUUCAGUGAUACAACUGGCGGUGCUGUCGAUCGAGGUUACGCAGACGACCAGUGCGGUGCGUCCCUACCUGGGACUGAAUAUCGGGACAUUGAAAGCCAUGGGGAAUCUAUGGGCUAUUGCAGCCGUAUCCAUAGAGCGGAUACAAAGCGUAACGCAGGAAGUGGAGGAUGUGCUUGCCGGCGGAUGCUUUGCGAAUCUUAUUGAAGACGAUGCUGCUCUGUUAGAUUGCAUGACAUGA